UUGAGUCAUGAUGGCGGAGCGGACGGUGCCUCAUGCAUAUCCCAUGAGUACUCAGUGUGAACUGAACUCUCCCAGAAGGAUCUACGACCAGAACUUUGGAGAGGCUCUUACCCCCCAGGACCUCCUCACCCCCACCCUGUACCAUGGUUACUAUGUCCGUCCACGAAUCACCAAGCAGCUAGGGCGGGGCUUCUCUGAUAUAGAGGCGGAGCCAGGGAAGUGGACCGUUCGAUUGGACGUGUGUCAGUUCACUCCUGAUGAAGUCACCGUUCGCACUGUCGACAACCUACUGGAGGUCAGUGGUAACCACUCCCAGAGACAAGAUGUCCACGGGUUCAUCAGUCGGUCGUUUACGAGGACCUACAUACUUCCUGUGGGUGUCGACCCUCUACUGCUCUUCGUCGACCUAUCACACGACGGCAUCCUCUCUGUCUCUGCUCCCCGGACAACCCCCGACCCGCCGUCCUCACACACGCAUAUCAUACACACACACACCGACAAGAGAACCUAGUGACGACACACAGACACAACCAAAAUACGACCUAGUGUCCUCUGUCAUGGAUCAACCCCAAUUCCCCCUAGGAUCAACCCCAACACCCUCUAGGAUCAACCCCAACACACUCUAGGAUCAACCCCAACACCCUCUAGGAUCAACCCCAACACCCUCUAGGAUCAACCCCAAUACCCUCUAGUGUCCUCUGUCAUGGAUCAACCCCAAUACCCUCUAGGAUCAACCCCAAUUCCCCCUAGGAUCAGACCCAACACCCUCUAGGAUCAACCCCAAUACCCCCUAGUGUCCUCUGUCAUGGAUCAACCCCAAUUCCCCCUAGGAUCAACCCCAACACCCUCUAGGAUCAACCCCAACACCCUCUAGGAUCAACCCCAACACCCUCUAGGAUCAACCCCAAUACCCUCUAGUGUCCUCUGUCAUGGAUCAACCCCAAUACCCUCUAGGAUCAACCCCAAUUCCCCCUAGGAUCAGACCCAACACCCUCUAGGAUCAACCCCAACACCCUCUAGGAUCAACCCCAAUACCCUCUAGGAUCAACCCCAAUUCCCCCUAGGAUCAGACCCAACACCCUCUAGGAUCAACCCCAAUACCCCCUAGUGUCCUCUGUCAUGGAUCAACCCCAAUUCCCCCUAGGAUCAACCCCAACACCCUCUAGGAUCAACCCCAACACCCUCUAGGAUCAACCCCAAUACCCUCUAGUGUCCUCUGUCAUGGAUCAACCCCAAUACCCCCUAGUGUCCUCUGUCAUGGAUCAACCGCAACACCCUCUAGGAUCAACCCCAAUAUCCUCUAGUGUCCUCUGUCAUGGAUCAACCCCAAUACCCUCUAGGAUCAACCCCAAUACCCCCUAGUGUCCUCCGUCAUGGAUCAACCCCAAUACCCCCUAGUGUCCUCUGUCAUGGAUCAACCCCAAUACCACCCGGAAUGAGAUAUAUGGAACGCAGACCUUGGGAGAUAGAACAAGGAAUGAAGACCGUGGGUGAAAGCAGAAGGAACAGAGACUGUGGGGGUUAAUAGACUGUGGGGGAUAGGAGACCGUGGCGCAUAGAACAAGGACCGUAGACCAUGGGGGAUAAUAGAAGGAACGUAGACCGUGGGAGACAGUAGAAGGAAGGUAAACCGUGGGGAACAGUGCAAGGAACGUAGACUGUAGGUGAUAGCAGACUGUAGGGGAUAGCAGACUGUAGGGGAUAGCAGACUGUAGGGGAUAGCAGACUGUAGGUGAUAGCAGACUGUGGGGGAUAGCAGACUGUAGGUGAUAGCAGACUGUAGGUGAUAGCAGACUAUAGGGGAUAGCAGACUGUAGGGGAUAGCAGACUGUAGGGGAUAGCAGACUGUAGGGGAUAGCAGACUGUAGGGGAUAGCAGACUGUGGGGGAUAGCAGACUGUAGGGGAUAGCAGACUGUGGGGGAUAGCAGACUGUAGGGAAUAGCGGAAUGUAGGGGUAGCAGACUGUAGGGGAUAGCAGACUAUGGGGGAUAGCAGACUGUAGGGGAUAGCAGACUGUAGGGGAUAGCAGACUGUAGGGGAUAGCAGACUGUAGGGGAUAGCAGACUGUGGGGAUAGCAGACUGUGGGGGAUAGCAGACUGUAGGGGAUAGCAGACUGUGGGGGAUAGCAGACUGUGGGGGAUAGCAGACUGUAGGGGAUAGCAGACUGUAGGGGAUAGCAGACUGUGGGGGAUAGCAGACUGUAGGGGAUAGCAGACUGUAGGGAAUAGCAGACUGUAGGGGAUAGCAGACUGUAGGGGAUAGCAGACUGUGGGGGAUAGCAGACUGUAGGGGAUAGCAGACU